AUGGACGAGCAGGUCGAGCGUCUCGCGCAGAAAGUAUGGGGGGCAUUCCAAUCCACAGAGCCAUCGGCACGCUACAUGGUCGGUAUCAGCGGUAUCCCCGGCUCAGGAAAAACCUCACUAGCAACCGCCGUCGUCCAUCGCCUUAACGCCAUGAGUCCUUCUCUAGUUGCAGCCUGCAUCUCCAUGGACGGCUAUCACCUUACCCGCGCGCAACUAUCCGCCAUGCCAGAUCCAGUCCUCGCAUUUGCUCGCCGCGGUGCAGCAUUCACCUUUGAUCCAACCAACCUGAUAACCCUGAUCAGCUCACUGCGCAACCCGCUAACCACAAGCUCGCCUACCCUCUACGCUCCCAGCUUCGACCACGCCGUUAAAGACCCGGUGGAGAACGACAUCCCCAUCCCUCCUACAGCUCGCAUACUGCUAUUCGAAGGCAACUAUCUCGCCCUCGAUAAGCGGCCGUGGAGCGAUGCGGCAGCGCUGCUGGACGAGCUGUGGUUUGUCGAGGUGGACUUUGAGGUUGCGAGACAGAGACUGAUCAAGAGACAUGUGCGUGCCGGUAUUGCGAAGGACGAAGAGGAGGCAGACAAAAGGGCGAGGGAGAACGAUCUGGUCAACGGACGGGAGAUUGUGGACUGCCGGCUGCCUGUGGCGGAGGUCGUUGUUAGCAAGGAGGACGCGCGGUGGAAGAACUAA